CCUAUCACAGAUUGCAGCGUGGGCGAACCUGCUAAUCAUUUUAAUUUGUCAUGCGUGCCAGUGUAUCAGAUCAGUCGGACGUGUUCACCGUUGCCUACCAUAUGAUAUAUCAUCUGGCUGCACCCGGCCUUGUUAUACGAUAUCGGAAAUCGAUCUGCUGGAACUGGACACGCAUAGAGCACAGGUAAAAUUACGUGUGACGGUGUUACAAUCCUUUCCUCAGUUCGUGUCAGGAUCCUUUGACUUCAACACGUAGCACGAUGCGGCGCAAAGAGCCUGCGCCUACGCAGCCUGCAGGCCGUGGGAGAAGCCUUAUAUCGAUCAGGACCAGCCAAGCCCAGCAACGCAAAAUGCAGUCAAAAAGCCUUCUACCUAGGAGCUAUUCCUCACCGCCAACGCAUGCUGAGCCAGAUUCCACCCAACUCAGCCCUUUAAAAGGGUACGUCAUGAGAAGCUUUUCUACACCCGAGCCCAAGAACCUGGACUACAGACGCAAUUCAGACUCUUUCUACAGGCCGAAGACGCACGGGUCUAGAACUGAGCUGGACUCUGAUUUGGAAAAUUUCGAGCAGUUCGAAGAAUGCUUCAUAGAUAUAGACGCCGAUACCGAUGAGGCAAUGAUAAACUACUCGCGGAGUCCCGAGAGAGAGGUGCCGAAAAGAGUUAUAACCAGUUUGCUGCCUGGUAGUGGGAUUCAGAGAGUUACGAUCAGGCCCAUAUCGACUAAUACCACGCACACUUUGCAAGGCGCUCGUGAGGCUAUGAAGAAACUACAGAAGGACGAGAAAGGAUCCUCUCGCCUGAACUUCCGACCUCUAGUCGUGAAGAUGCCAGCGCGCCACGUCAUCCACUCCGACCCUGAACAGGAUCAGGAGCCAGGAGACGAGGAGCUGCAGGCGUCCCCCCAGCUGGAGAUGGAAGGGGCUGACCUGGAUAGAGAGCUGGAUAACGCUGAGCAACACCUGGAUAGAGGAGUCGCGAUGGCCACUGAAGAGAGCGAUGCUGACACGGUAAGUACUUUGCAUGUUUUUUGUUAAAAUGUUGACUGAAAUGUUUUUGAGAAAUGACGUCA